CAUUCUCCCCCAAAAGUCAAGGAAAAAUCGAAUUCAAGUGAAAACGAAAAUAGUAUUGAAGUUGAAGUGGUAGUGUGAUAGGUAAUGACGUUUCAUGUUUGAUCAUCAUUAUAGUUGGAAAAACAUAUAAUUGAUAAAAAGUUUUUUCUAAGUCGUCAAUUAAUCUUCAGGUGGAACGUAAGAUUACAAAACAUUUCGCAUUUGGAAAAUUGAUAUUAUUUAGUAAAGAGUUAAUGGCGUCGUAAGCUAAUAUCUUACAAAAACAUUUCGAGAUACUGUUAUAUUUUUAAACAAUGGCGUGUACAAAACCAACGAGUAGUGCUUUGAGAGCCUUAGCUGUCGAAUACAAAAGUUUACAGGAAGAACCAGUUGAAGGUUUUCGGGUCAAAUUGGUAAAUGACGACAACCUCUUUGAAUGGGAAGUGGCUAUAUUUGGACCCCCAGAUACUCUAUACAUGGGGGGUUGUUUCAAGGCAAGGAUGAAAUUUCCUCCAGAUUAUCCUUAUUCACCACCAUCAAUCAGAUUUCUGACUAAAGUUUGGCACCCUAAUGUUUAUGAGAACGGUGACCUAUGCAUUAGUAUUCUACAUCCGCCAGUCGAUGAUCCUCAGUCUGGUGAACUGCCUUGUGAACGUUGGAAUCCCACACAAAAUGUGAGAACAAUUUUGCUCAGUGUCAUUUCCCUGCUCAACGAGCCAAACACCUUCAGCCCUGCCAAUGUAGAUGCUUCAGUUAUGUACAGAAGAUGGAGGGAAUCAAAAGGAAAAGAUAAAGAGUACGAAAACAUUAUCAGGAAACAAGCGAUGGCCGCCAGAGCAGAAGCAGAACGAGACGGCAUUCAAGUGCCUCUAACUCUUGAAGAUUAUUGUAUCAAAACCCAGGUAAAACCUAAUUCGUCAUCAUCAGACUCUCAAGCAGAAAUGGCAGAUUUCUAUGAUGACGAUUAUGAUGAGGACUAUGACGAUCCUUCUUAUGGUUCAGAUUAUGCCGAAGAUGAUAAUGACAGCGGUAACGGCGAAUCAUGAUCGGAAAAAUACUAGUGUUUCAGUGAAAGUUGAAUAGAAUUGGUUUAGGACAUUUAUAUAGCACAAUAUACAGGGUGUGACUAGCGAAAUGAGCAAAGGCGUUUCUUCGAUAUUUAUCAAAAAAAUGAUUUAUUUAUAUUGCAGAACUACCAAUGGAUUAUAGAAAAAUCCAUUCAUUCAAUCUUUCUUUUGACUGUAUAUCUUCGCGAAUUUUUCAACUCGUCAAAAAUUUAAAACAUUUUGAAAAUUUAUUAAAUCCUGCGAAUGAAGAGAAUAAUUGAGUCUCUGAACCUUUGUGUUGUUGAGUAGCAUCACGUGUCUGAAUAUUUGCAGUGUUUUAACAGAAAUUUUUUGUUUAUUUUCAAAUAGUCUAUUCGAAAGUUAUGUAUCUAUUCUAAGUGGGGACAUUUUCUGGGGAUUCAAACAUUAGUUAGUGAACAUUUGCACUUAGUUACAUCCUGUAUAAGUGCUAAUUUUGUUCGUGAAAAUCUUUCAUUUGAUGUGUCAGCUGUGAUUGAAUAUUCAAAAAUGAAAUGCCAGAGUUAGAGUUUACUGAAAUUUAUGAGCACAUUUAUGCCCAUAAAUCAAUUGAAAUAACAGUUGCAACUGAUUUGUUGUUGAACACUUACACUCGAUGGGUUACAUCCAGUUAUUUAUUUUAUUCAGUAUCUUUUUUUUAUUAUGAGAAAUUGUUAUUUUCUGGAUAUUCUUUUGAAUGAAAUGGUAUAGCCGGGACCCCGCCGUAUUGUUGUUAACAUGAUGCUGUAUAUUUUUAGAAUAAGAAUAGUCCCACAUGGGUUACACUGUUGUGUUGUUCAGCAUUGGACAUUGAGUCGAUUACUUUUUAGUGUCAAAUUCUUGCUACAAGAAUAAACGUAAUGUCAAACGUAAGGUCCAUUUCACAGUGUCAUGAAAGUAUUCAAAUAUGCAUACCUUAUUUGCUUUUUGAAAUUCAGAAAGCGACCUCUUCUGAAUGUUCAUGUAAAAUCAAUAAUGUUUUUUUGAAAGUAAUUGAUUUUUCAAGAUUAGACUUGCAUUUUUGGUAUGAGGAUAUGUUUCUGCCAUUUUAUGUAGUAAUUUUUGUUAUUUACAGAGUUCAGAAGUCAAUGAGAAUUAUGUGUAAAAUAAGUGAUUAUAUUUCCAAAGUUCAUAUGUAAAAAACAAACAUAAUAUGUUUUUCAAAUAAAGUAGAGAAGGAUGAGUAA